UCUCCCAACUUAUCUCUGACAGAGAUCACUAUUUCGCUUAAAAAUUUGUGCCGAGCCAGUUCAUAUGAAUGGUCUCGUAUUCUCACCACCAUAACGUUAUGUAAUACCGUCAGCUACUCAUUUUUCACAUUUUCGCUAAAUUUGCUUUACGUAGUAGACCCCCUGGUCCCACGACAUGCCCACGAAACGAUAUUGUUUUUCACACAGUAAUAAAAUAUUUUAGAAGCAAUGCGAAUAAAUUAAUAAAACAUAUGAAAGUUCACACUACAUCGUUUCGUGAAAUUCGAGGUUCAUUUAAAAUAUCAUUGAAAAUAAAAGAAAUACCGUAUAAAAAUCAAAGACGAGUUGGAAGAUUGCUCACGGGCUGUGUAGCGCAAUCGUGUUCUGUGCUGCCUUCGGUAGAGAACCUGAUACCCCCCUUUAGCGGUGAAUAGCGGCUAGUAGCGGCCCAACUCAGGGCAAACAAUUGUUUGGAAUAGGUUAGCAUAUGAGGGUCAUGAGAUGAGAACAGGUGUACGCUGUCCCUCAGCUCACUUGUGCUGACUCGACAGUGGUUGCUGAGCCAGAACACAACGUAGGAAAUGGCUUCCACGACCGUCAAAGACAUGUCGAACGUGGAGGACGUGAUAGCCGAACCAGGCAUCGAGCCCGGAGCAUCGGCAGAACCGAUGCUGGUCACUACUGACAAUUUUGAAGAAUAUGAACAAGAGAUGAGUAGUAGCCUAGACGACAGACAAAUGAAUGAAAGUACUGCUAGUACUAUCUCUGAGAUCCAGGAAGACGCUCAGGAAGUCCCUCCGACAACCUCGGUGAUGAGUCCUCUGGAUCUCAAACAGAAAACUUCGCUGGAUGAUUCCAAAGUGGAGGAGGCAGCGAAACAAGUGGGACAGUGCAAUUUAGAUGCGGAUCCCUUGCGGUGUAAGACAUGGCUCUCGCAAAAGAAGCAUAUUUUUGUUUUAAGCCAAGCAGGGAAGCCAAUUUAUUCAAGGCAUAGCUCAGAGGAUAAGUUAGUUACCGUAAUGGGAGUUAUGCAAGCACUGGUCUCUUUUGUCCAAUCAGGCGAUGAUAUGAUAAGAUCAGUUCAUGCUGGAGAUACAAAUUUUGUCUUUUUGGUGAAAGGACCACUGAUAUUGGUAGCAAUUUCUAAGACAUUGGAAAGUGUUCAACAACUCAUUAUGCAGCUAACAUAUGUAUAUAAUCAGAUUCUCUCUGUUUUAACUCAGUCACGACUGACUAGCGUUUACGAGCAAAGAAGGAACUAUGACUUGAGAAGAUUAUUGAGUGGCAGUGAAAGACUGAUAGAUCAUUUAUUAAAUUUCAUGGAUCGAGAACCAGCAUUUUUCUUAGGUGCAAUUAAGUGCUUACCUCUAGUUCCUGCUAUGAGAGAUAACAUUGCGCAGAUCAUUAUCCAGACUUGUGGCAAAAUUAAGAAUUUAGUCUUUGCAAUUCUACUAGCCAAUAAUCAACUGGUGACUUUGGUUAGAAUGAAAAAAUACUCUAUACAUCCUACAGAUUUACAUUUGAUCCAAAAUUUGGUUGACAGUUCAGAGUCAUUUAAAAGUGCCGAAAGUUGGACACCAAUAUGUUUACCAAAGUUUGAUGCUAAUGGUUAUAUGCAUGGACAUGUCUCUUACUUGGCUGAAGAUUGUCAAGCAUGCUUGUUACUUUUGACGGUAGACAGAGAUGUAUUUUUUACACUUUCUGAAGCAAAACAAAAAAUUGUGGAAAAGCUUAGGCGAACAAAUUGCUUGGAAGCUAUAAACGAGUCCAUGAAUAAAACAUCUGUUACGAUCGCUGAAAUAGGAUUACCUGAAAUGCGACAUGUUUUGUAUAAAUGUAAGAGCACUGCUCAGUUUUGGUGCCCAGCAUUCCAAGCACCUUAUACAACUGAAGAAGAAAUUGAAAGGCUGCUCGGGUUGUAUCAAUGCUUGCAUCACAAAUUGCACGCUCCGAGUAGGCCAUUGAAGUUAAUCUUUCAACAAUUAGAGAAAGAAACAAUGUUCACAUGGCUAACAGCUGGCUUUGAACUAUAUGCAACAUUUGAACCCCUUGUUACAAAACGAGAUGCCAUUGAAGCUGUGAGCAAACUCUUAAAGUGGUUAAAGAAGGAAGAAGAGAGACUGUUCAUCCUAAAUCCACCAACAUUUUAAAGACUCAAAAUAAGUGAUCUUUCGAUCUAAAUAAAUUAAGAUUAUUAUUUGCUUAAACUGUCAAAGUUAAAAAUAUGUAGGUAAAUAUCUCAUUUUUAAGAAAGAUUCAAAUGAAAUUACCACCAGAGCUAAGCAGCAAUGAUUACACUUUCAAUUUGAUUAAUUAUUGUUGUAAAUAAAACUGUUUUGCAAUUAAACAAUGAAGUUGUAAUAUUAGUUAUCUUUUUUAAUUAUAAUCAAUAUUAUAGAUGCUGCUUACAUCUGGUUACUAUUUAGAUUGUCACUCCUUCCAUCUGUACAUUUUAUAUGUCAUAGCUACUGAGGUUAACUAGAAUUUAUGUAACAUAAGUAAUACGAAAAACAUUGUAAAUAGAA